AUGCCGCCAAACAAACGUAAUGAUGCAAUAUCCACUAAGAGAGACAUAUUUGGCAGAGAUAUAUCAUAUCUACUGAGUUGCCUCCCAACGUUGGAAAAAGUUAAACAGAUCGAUUUAUAUUCUAGUGAUGCUGAAAAUGGUUAUACUCCAUUGCACGUUUCAUUGAAAAAUGGCCAUCUUAGGAAAGCGUUUAAGCUAUAUACGAUGUGGAAAGAUGAGGAAGAGUUUCUAUCACACAAAUAUGGAGGUAAUGUCCUCAAUCAGAAAGACAGAGAGGGUUUAACGCCCAUAGAGCUGUAUAAUGCUGUACUUCAAGUGCGCCUUCGGCGACUACCGAAAGGUUUAAGUUAUAAAACAUCUAAUAGCCAAGAUUUAACUGUUGAAUGGAACGAAACCAAGGAUACUGCAUCUUUUAACAUCAAAUCUGCAUUCAAAGUGUUACCUAAAAAUGGCGAAGAAACGAAGAUACUACGAGAAAAUGGUGGAUCUCAUCUCUUAAACUUUGGUUCAAAUGUCCACUAUCAAUUGGGAACUGGUGCCAAAGAUGAUCGUAAAAAUCUAUUCCAGUUAAAUAUAAAUCAACUUACUAAUAAUACAGAAUUAUCUUUCACUAACAGAAUAAAAACGUCCGUCAUGACUAGGUAUCAUUCUCUACUGACAACCUCAGAUGGCCGCCUUUACGUCUGUGGAAAUAGUGCUAGAGGAAGAUUAGGCCACGGCGCCACUGACAAACCGUUACUGACUUAUACAGAAAUACCACUUCCAGAAACUACAACCAUAAGAAUGUUGGCAACGAGUGAUAGUCAUUCAAUACUCCUCGUAGAUCAAGGUAAAAUACUAACAUGGGGCUGGAACUCCUACAGACAAUUAGGUUACCAAAGUGGUGGAAAGUUUUCUGAGGAAAAGAGUUCUGAAGGCUCCUUUGGCUCAGCGCCUAAGAGAGUUCAUUUUUUCGAUGACAAGGACAUCAAAAUGGUUGCUUGCUCUAACGUCCACUCCUGUGCACUCACUACAAAUAAUAUGCUGUAUAUUUGGGGGUUGGAUCUAGGACAAAUGGGUCGCUCCAAAUCGUCACAUUUAUCGCCUGACGCUGAAUAUAUGGGGCAUACGGGCCAUAUCGUCUCCAAUCCACAUCUUUUGAAUCUAUCACAUUUAAAGAUUGAACAAAUUAUAUGUACAGAAUUUGCAACAUUUAUACGAUCAGAGGGCAAUGUUCUCCAGGUAUUGUCAAACCAUUCUACAAGAGUCUUUAGGAUAACAAUGCCAAAGGCUCGUACUUUCAGAGAUGUCGAUGUGUUCAAUCAUUUCACACCUAGGGAGAUUUCUAGCAAAGUUAUGGAUAUGAAAUGUUCUAACUCUUAUGGAAACAAUUUAAGUUUCAGGUAUGAAUGUGGGAGAAUUGGCAUUAUUAGCUCAAAAGCUGCAUCGCCAGAUAUGUGGACAAAACUAAACAAUACUUUGCCAAUCACAAUAGCCUGGGUCCCAAAUUUCCAGUUCAAUAACUGUUUAGACUUUGACGUUGGUUCGAAAGGUAGCAUUAUUUUGUGUACAUUUGAAGGCGAUGUUCUAAUUUCUUCCAAAUCUGGCUCCUUCGACAAGGUUUUCAGUGAAAAAUUAGUAUCAGGAAGAGCUCUCUCAGUAUCAUGUGAUUCUUCUUUUGGCUCUUUUUCAAUCAUUAAAAAUGAAGUUAAUGGCAUUCCAGUAUCACUCUCCCAAGACGACUCUGUUAAUGGAUUCAAUAUAUACUCUCCGUUAUCUGGGAAUAUAAACGAUGGUAUCCAAGACAUUUACCAGGGCCUAGGAAACAACAAAUAUCUUUUUGAUGUGGAGUUUGUCACGAGCACAUCUGAAAGUCAUAUAUGCUACUGCCAUAAAUUCUUGUUAAAAAGCUGUUGUACUAAGUUAAUGAACUCACUAGAAAAUUACGGUACAUUUAUUACUAACGAUGGUAAUCUAUUGUUUAAGGUACCUUCUUCCUCCGACCGUACUGUUCUCAAAAUCAGUGUAUCAAGUGAUACCGAUCCUGAAGUUCCUCAAACCAUGAGGGAGAUAGUGCACUUUUUAUACACUGACCAAAAACCUUCCAAGCAACAGAUUACAAUAAGCUUGCUGGGUAUCACUGAGAGCUCGUUACAUGGUAUAAACCUAACGCAUCACCUAAAUGAUUUGCUAAAAUAUUGUUUUGAGUUUGGCAGCGCCACUAUAAAAUCCAGCAGAUUCGAAGAACCAGAUACAAUAAUCAACCUUAAAGAUGGUAAUUUGUACGCCCAUUCCCCUAUUUUAGCUGCCCAAAGUGCAUAUUUUCUCUCUUUCUUUGGUUCACGCUGGUACAAAACCGCGAAUAAAGGAUACAAAUGUAUUAAUAUGGACCACUAUGACAGGGGAACAUUUACGUACAUUUUGAAAGGCCUGUAUGGUGUCUCAAAUGAUAAUAUCUUCGAAGAUUUUACUUAUAACGUGUCCUCAGUAGAAUGUCUGCAACUCCUUUUGGAUCUACUUUUAGCUAGUGACGAACUCCUUUUACUCAACUUCAAGACCUAUUUAGAAAGUAAAAUCAUUAAUUUUAUUAAUUCGGAAACACUAAUCGCUAUUUUGAUGAACGCGUCAUACUGUAAUGCAACGCUGCUGUUAAAUGCAUGUUGCUGGUUUUUAGUUUGCAACAUUAGUAUACUUUUUACAAAAGAUAUUAUACCACUGAUUAAAAGUUAUUUCACUGAAGAAAUUUGGAAUUUAUUAGAAUCUUCAUGUAUCAAUUUUGAUGACACCCAGUCUAGAGUACCAGUAAACCGUUCUUGGUAUGAAGACUCCUCCAAGAAUUGGAUUAAACUUUUUGAAAAAGACAUCAAGUUAUUUAAUGAGGAAUUUGUUGGUGCUACAAACAAUUUCAAGCCAUUGUUUGAUCUAAAAAAGCAAAGUGGCUCUACAAAAGAACCUGAAAGACGUAGAUCAUCUACCACAGAAAAGGCUAGGAGGGAUUUAUUUGGCAAAAAAUAUGAGCCACACACUAUACCCUUGGCUCAAAUAGCUUCUUCCACCGAAACAGAAGGAUCUGUUGAAAGUUUCUGGUCAUACAGUGAAAAAGAAAACAACAAUUUGCUACCCUCAAAUGAUGCAGAACAUUUUACAAAAGUAACAAGCAGGACUAGACGUAAAUCUAGUGGAAACGAAGUGGUGCCGAUAAUAUUAAACAAACAAAGCCUACCUUCAGAAGUGGUUUUCCAUAUGCCAUCGGGUGCUUCAUCUUCAAAAUUGCCUUCUUUAAUGUCUAGUAUGGAUCUGGAUUUCAAUCGAAUUGAAAACAAAACCGAGGAAUCUACAAAGCUCACACAGUUUAAGAAAGAUUCUCAGAAACAAAGAAGAAAGUUAUUCAGGGACCAGCUCAAAGAAGAUCCUGAAAAAGGAGAUAACAAACAUAUUUGGAAUCAUGCAAAUGAUUCUAACAAAUCGUCUAGGAAAGGAGAGGCUACCAGAGCUUCUAGAAAACAAACGAGUUUACCGUCUUUAUUGGAUACGGACUUCAAUUCACUCAAAAAACAGACAAAAAAAAACAAAAAGAAGGGCACAAGUGCUGCCGCAACGGUUAAUUAUACAGAAUUUGUGAGUACUGGUAAUCCUGGUGGCAUAAGACCUUAUAUUACCGCAAGUAAAGGCGAGGAAAAUGAAAUUGCAAAUGUAUUUGGAAAUUCAAAUCCAUCAGCCGUCAGUACUUUAGAAGAACGGUUAGCCGCUCAAGAAUUUGAGAAAUGGUUUGCUCAAGAGAGUGCCAAGGUACAAAAAAAACUGAAGAAGAAGAGGGGAAACGCAAAAGAUGAAAUGCAGCUCGUUUAUUCUAGUUCCUCUAAUAUGCCUGAGAUGGUAGAUAAAACUGCUGAGCGAAAGCCAAGGAGAAAAUUAAAAGGCAAAUUUCCUAGUAAGCAUAAAAGCAAUAACACCAAUUUAUCUAAUCUACUAUAA